CGACACGAAACAACAACAACCAGCACCAGACCCAUACAAAGGGCAGCAGGCCAUGGCAGACGAGCAGGAAGACUACGACGCACUCCCGCUCGAAGAUAAACUCCUUCACAAAGUCUGGAAAGUCCGUCUGAAUGCCUACGAAGAAGCAACACGCGCAUUUACCAGUUCACCGAAUGAUAACGCGCCGUGCUUUAAGUUAUUCAACGCUGAUCCUGAUCUCCUCGUCAAAGCAGUCAAGGAUGCCAAUGUUGUCGCUCAAGAAGCAGGCGUCGCAUUAGUGCUUGCUUAUUUGACCUAUGGACCCAUGCACAGCACGCUCAAAACGCGCGCACAAGUCAUACCGGCGCUCGUUGAGAAAUGUCUAGGCAGUACACGUGCCGGUACGCGACAAAAAGCCAUUGAGACAGUCUUGAUGUAUGUCGAGUUGGAUUCCGGCGAACCCGUCAUUGAAGAUCUCAUUCCGGGUCUUUCAGCAAAACUACCAAAACUCGUGGCUGCAACGACGCUGUGCAUCAAGAGCGUGUAUGCGGCAUUUGGCGCUAAAACAGUGAAAGCCAAACCGGCUGUACAAGUGUUACCGAAAUUGUUUGCGCAUGCUGAUAAAAAUGUUCGUGCAGAAGCAAUCGAUCUGGCUAUUACAUUGUACCGCUGGCUAGGCGAUGUUGUUAAACCACUCAUUCUUGCUGAUUUGAAACCAGUACAAGUCAAGGAACUUGAACAAGCCUUUGAUGGCAUUACUGUGGGUGAUGUCAAGCAAGAACGCUUGCUCAAGUCACAACAAGCUGCACAGGAAGCAGCGGGUGGAGCGGACGAUGCGGCCGUCGAUGUAGCGGAGGAGCAGGAAGAACAGGCAGUCGAUGCCUUUGAUCUGGCAGAGCCUGUGGAUGUCUUAUCCACGAUUCCCAAAAACUUCGAAGAAGCCAUGCUGAGCAGCAAGUGGAAGGACCGCAAGGAAGUCUUGGACGCACUCGUGGAGAGCAGUAAAGUCCCACGCAUCAAGGAAGGUGAUUUCGGGGAAGUGGCAAGGUUACUGGGACGUUGUGUGCAAAAGGACGCCAAUGUCGUUUGCGUCUCACUUGCAGCCACCUGCCUCGAACAACUUGCAAAAGGCCUCAAGCGCGCUUUUGGACGCUAUCGCAAUGUUGUCUUUAUGCCAUGUGCUGAGCGAUUCAAAGAGAAGAAGCAGAAUGUCCUGGAUGCGAUUGCGGGCGCACUCGAUGCAGUUUUCCUGACCACGACACUUGAAGAUGUGCUUGAAGAGACACUUGAACUUCUCAAGAGCAAGAAUCCCUCUGUGCGAUGCCAGAUGCUCCUCUUCCUCUCACGCAGCCUGUCCGUCACUCCCGUCUUUCCCAAGCAAGGCGAAGUGAAGGCUAUUGCAGAGGGUGCCACGGCACUCAUUGGUGAAUCUGAUGCAAAAGUUCGUGAUGCAGCAGCAGAGUGUCUCGGUACUCUGAUGAAGCUCAUUGGCGAACGUGCAAUGGGUCCUUACCUGGAACAAAUUGAAGAACUUCGAAAACCAAAGAUUCUUGAGUGUUUUGCUGUUGCCACCGUCAAGGCGAAGCCUGAGAAACCAAAACCUGUACCUGCUGCUGCGGCUGGUAAGCCACAACCUAGUCUCGCACGACCACCUGUAUCCCUUGAGAGUCAAGCACCUGUUCUAGCGCCUGCGGAUCGACUUGAAUUGGAAUCCUUGCGUCGUGAAAAAGCAGCAUGGCUCGCAACUGCCGGAGAUCGCGAUGAACUCAAUGCGCUGCGUGCACAACUCCAAGAAUUGCAAAGCAAGAAUGCCUCACUGAUUGAAUCGCAUACAAAACACACGAUGGAGCUGAAAGCGAUUGAAGGGCCUUAUAUGAGUACGUUGCGAGAAUUGGAGCAUAUGCGAAGUGUUUGUACGAAAUCAGAGAUGGAGAUUGACGCACUCAAGAAACAACUA